UCUUCCUUUGAUAUUCUACGAGAAACGGCUAACGUGACUAAUCUGCGCCACCCACUCCAACAGAAUGAGAUCAGACUUGUGAGGUUGAAGUCUGCUCCAUGGGGAGCACCGAUCAUGUGUGAGUUGAACAGUGUUGACAUCAAGUACAGCCCAUGGGCAGCAUCUUCAGCAAGUGCAAGCAAUGUAUCGUGUACCUUGGGGACAAGCUUGAUGGCUCUACCCCGUCUUUGAGUGAACCACCGCCAGUUUUGCACUUCGACCCCAAAAGAUAUUCUCCAGUCAAAGAGAAAAACGCGAGUCGCAAAUCCGGCGCAUGUGAGGCGUUUCGAUUUUUCGUGGAACUAAACGAAGAUCAUGAGCAGUGUGUUGGGCUGUUCGAGAAACUCUGCAAGAGCUGCCGACAGAUCAGUAGAAGGUCAUUUAUGGCAGCUUCAACAAGAUCAUUAGUAUCGAUAGCCUCCGCAUUCGACAGCAAGAUCCCAUUGCCGAUGCCAACUCUCGAGGCUUGUUGGAUCUCUUGAUCCAGUUCCGGGACCGUAAUGCUUCCGAUCCCAGAGACAAGGUGUACGCUCUUCUCAGUGAAAGUUUCAUGUAUACCAUAUGCGCAGGUGUGAUACACUUUACAGAUGCUG